UGGUGACGCGCGUAAAAGCCGCGCGUGCCCGGACUGACAACAGCGACGGCGGCGAAGAGGAGAGGAGAGGCGGUGGCCACACGAGGAGGAGGCGGCCACACGGGCCCCACGACGGGGAGGCGAGAGACGCCGGCGACGCGCACGCGCGCUCGUCCAGUGACCAAGAGGGGGAGGGGAGGGAAGGAGGCGGCCCUCGUUCGCCCCCCGCUCGUUUUCGCCGCGUCGAGUCGCCGGCCGUGCGGGGGCUGGGAGCCCGAGCCGGGGCUGGGAGCCGUGCGGGGGCUGGGAGCGGCGCGGGUGCAUGGAGGAGCGGGGGACGCGCGACGCCGCGACGGCGACACCCGAAACAUGACCGAGAGAUUUGAGUGGGUGGAAAUCAUUGAACCCCGGACGCGGGAACACAUGUACGCCAACCUGGUGACGGGCGAGUGCGUGUGGGACCCGCCAGCCGACGCCAAGAUCAAGCGCACGCACGACAACCAGUGGUGGGAGCUGUUCGACCCGAACACGGCGCGUUUCUACUACUACAACGCGUCGAGCCAGCGCACGGUAUGGCAUCGCCCGCAGCACUGCGACAUCAUCCCCCUUGCCAAGUUGCAGACUCUCAAGCAGAGCACGGAGGCGCAGGGGCUGCAUGUUGCCGGGCCCCUGCUGCCCAAAGCGGCUGGACUGCAGGAGCCGCAGCAGAAGCAGCAACCGCCGCCCGGCAAUCUCGAUGCAGAGGGACAGCCGUACCUCGUGGGCGCGCCGGGUCAAGACCACGGCAAACAGCAGAUGCAGAGGCCGGAUGGUGAGGAGAGAAAGUGCUGGCUGCGGGCGGACAUGCUGAGCGCGCUAAGGUCCAGCAUGGAGGCGAACGCUGGGGACACCGCUGAGGGCGAGAGGAAGCCGUCCGCUCCGUGCCACGACGCGGGGACGCCCGGGCAGCGUGCGCUCGCUGACGCGCUGAGUCGCACUCAGCCGCCCGUGGCCUCCAAGCCGUACUCCCGACCAUCUCCGAAGGCGUUCCCGGCACCGUCCAUCCCGAGAGGCAAGCCGUCCCCUCUGAUCCCCGGCAGCCAAUGCCAGAUGUCGGUGAGGCCUCCUGGAUCUCUACACCCCUACGAGGGGACCGGCUCGGUGCCACCACACCAGCCCGGCACGGUGGGCGGUGGCGGUGCCCCCCCCCAUGCCAAGCCGCGGCACCACAGCCAGGGCUCGGGCGAGCAGCACGCCGUGCAUGAGGCCAUCAUCGCCGGGACGCUGCCGGAUUGCGAGCCACCGCCCGUCAAGCCGCGGCACCACAGCCAGGGCUCGGCCGACCGCGCCGAUCUCUCGCGCGCCACGGAGCUCCUCCGGGCGCGACCCUGCGGUGGCCCAUCGGAGCGGCCGCCGCACAUCUCCGACCCGCCACCCGCGUCCCCGACGGCACCGCCGCCGUCGUCGUCCCAUGCCUGGCAGUACCCGCAGGAGGCGCGGGGUGGCGCGCGGGCCCACCCGCAGGACGCAUGUCGGGCGGCGAAGGCUCCCGGUGGCGCCGCCAAGGGCCAGACGGUGUCACGACGUUACGCCGGCUCGGCGCACCAGCACCGGCCGCUCUCCAGCUUCUCGUCGCUGGGCCGUCCCCGCAGGCACUCGAGCGGCGCCCAGCCCGGCAGAGAUUACACGGGCACGGAGACGCGAGACUUCCCGAUCUACGACGAGCCCCCUGCCGAGCCGCAGCUUAGCGUCUACGACGAGCCGCACGCCGACACCGCGCACGGCGACACCGCGCAGCAGAGCCGUGGGCACCACGCGGGGACGCCGCACGGCAGCCACGGGGGGACGCAGCACGGCAGCCACGGGGGGACGCCGCACGGCAGCCACGGGGGGACGCCGCACGGCAGCCACGGGGGGACGCCGCACGGCAGCCACGGGGGGACGCCGCACGGCAGCCACGGGGGGACGCCGCACGGCAGCCACGGGGGGACGCCGCACGGCAGCCACGGGGGGACGCCGCACGGCAGCCACGGGGGGACGCCGCACGGCAGCCACGCGUGCCUGUGCUCCGAGCCGCAGCCCGGCCCCAAUGAGCGCCCGCGCCCCGCGCUGCACACCUUCUCCUCCCAGGGUUCCCUGCCCUCGCCCUCCAUACAGUACCUGAGGCAAGCCAUCCAGAUGUCCCAGGAUAGCGCUACUCAAGGGCUGGCUUCUCUGCCCGCGGAGCAGCAGCAACAGCAGCACAUCUCUCUCCCAUCAGACGGAGCUCAGCAACGGUACGCGAGCCCCUUUCCCAACAGCGUUUUAAACCGACAGAUCGUCAGCUCCCUGGAGCAGUGUCUCAAGAGCCAGUUGGGGGGCACAGCAGAGGGCCGCCCCCUUCACCGCCAGGCCGCUCAGGACGGCACACCUUGUGCGGGGCAGGUGGGCGCCACUGGCCACGGCCCGCAAGCGAAGCACUUUGGAGACUCCAGCUUGGCGAGGGAGAAGGGACACUGCGGUCACCUCAUGCUGGGCUGGCAGGGCUUGGUGCAGAAUGGACACGGAAAGCUCGCGAGCCAGGGUGCGAGCCAGGAGGCGGUGCACGUUCGAUGCAGCAGUCAGGACGGCGACGGCAGACCCGGCGCAAAGGAGGCUGGCUACGGCAGGGGAAACGCUCAAGACGCGCACGGUUCACAGGGCAGCCAGUGCAGCAGCACCAGACAGAGCAGCCAGGAAACGAGUAGCCGCCAGAGCAGCCAGGACUGCCACAGCCGGCAAAGCAGCGAGAUGUCAAUGGAUGAAUCCUUCUCGAGCCACAGCACCGAAGACUCGGUGUCCUCUCUGAGCCAUUCGCCCGGCCGCCGCCGCAAGAAGAGCAAGCCGGUGGCCGUGCCGAUUGUGUGCCCGCCUCCCCCGCUCAGCCCGGGCCUGGGCCUGUGCUUCCCCCCGCCGGGCGGGCGUGGGCCGCAGGAACUUGUGUCGAGCCUCAGCAACCCCUCGCUUCCCGCGGCGCGCCUCUCCGCUCUCAUCCGCCAGCACCAGCUGGGCUACAAGCACUCCGACUCGGAGCUGUCGCGCGGCAGCAGCGAGGCCUCGCUGCCCUGCACGCGCAAGUUUCUCCAGGCAGAGGAGGGUGGCGGGGACUUGGGGUGGGGGCUGCGCGAGCAUCUGGGCUACGAGAGCGACGGGGCCCUCCCGUCCCCGCUGGCGGGGCCCGUGGUGAGGGCCCUGAGCGAGGACGAGGCUCUCACCCAGGCCGACUGCUCCGUGCGGAGGGGGCGCCGCACUGCCGCCGAUAAGCCAGGCUGCUCUGCCCAGCUCGAGAAAACCAUGUCGCUGCAGGCCAACCUUUCUUCCCCCCCCGAGCCGCUGAUGCAGCCCUCGCAGUCGGCGGACCUGGCUCUUUGCGGCGCGGGGGAGUGGCACGGCGCCACGACGCCCGGGAUGCUGCAGGCGAUGGGCUCCUUCCGACUCCGCAAGCCGUCCUCCGAGAGCGACAUUGAGGGCUGGGCCUCCAAGCACCUCAACACGCACACGCAGGGGAUCUUCCGCCGCAAGCUCUCCAUCGUGAACCUGCUGUCGUGGAGCGGUGAGGCCAUCCGCAAGCCGCUCAUCGUCACGGCGGACCGUACCAUCAUGAAGGAGGCCUGCGAAGUGUUCCGCCUCGUGCAGAUGUACAUGGGCGACCGGCGCUGCCGGCUGGAGCGCGCGGCUGUCGCGCUGGAGGUGGCACGGCGCGGGUGGAGCCUGCAGGGCCUGCGCGACGAGCUUUUCGUGCAGCUGUGCAAGCAGACGACGGAGAACCUGCGCCCGGAGAGCUUGACCCGUGGCUGGGAGCUGCUGGCCAUCUGCUUGGCCUUCUUCCCGCCGUCGCCCAAAUUCCACACCUACCUGGAGGGUUACAUCUACCGUCACCUUGACCCCGCGCACGACCAGAAAGUUGUAAAGAAGAUUAAAGAAACAUGGGAAAUGGAAACUAAGAAGAAGUCUAAAUAUCGAAAGAAAAGAAAGCGUGAAAUAGAAGAUUUUGUCGGCAUUCCCAUCAGCACCUAUGCCCAGUACUGUUAUCGCAAGUUGCAGAAGGUGGCUGUGACUGGGGGAAAGAAGGGACUGAAAAAGCCGAAUCUGGAGGAAGUGCAGCAAGCCCGGAACGCCAUCUUCACUCCGUCGCUAUUCGGCAGUUCCCUGGAGGAAAUCAUGGCCUUGCAACGUCAGCGUUUUCCGGAGCAGAGGCUGCCUUGGGUUCAGAGUGGCCUCUCUCUGAAAGUCCUAGAAUUGCAGGGCACUCAGACAGAGGGUAUCUUCAGGGUGCCGGGCGACAUCGACGAAGUGAACGCGCUAAAGCUGAAGGUCGACCAGUGGACCAUCCCGUCGGACCUCACCGAUCCACACGUCCCAGCAUCGCUGUUGAAGCUGUGGUACCGCGAGCUGGAGGAGCCGCUCAUCCCGCGCCAGUUCUACGAGCGGUGCAUCGUGAGCUACGACAACGCCGCGGCCGCCGUCGGCGUGGUGCAUGCGCUGCCUGACAUCAACCGCCUGGUGCUCUGCUAUCUCAUCCACUUCCUGCAGGUGUUUGCUUCCCCGGCCAACGUCGCUCUCACCAAGAUGGACGUGAGCAACCUGGCGAUGGUGAUGGCGCCCAACUGCCUCCGCUGCGAGUCGGAAGAACCCCGUGUCAUCUUUGAAAACACCCGCAAGGAGAUGUCCUUCCUCCGCACACUCAUCCUGCACCUGGACACCAGCUUCAUUGAGGGUUUGCAGUAGCGGCAGAGGGCUCUGCGCUGCCCUGGCAGGAUCGUUCGCUCGCGUGGUCGCAUCUCGCGUGAUCGUGACUUGGGUGCUCACGUCUCGCGGCGUGAUUGCAUCCUGCGUGAUCGCGUUUUGCGGUGUGGUCGCGUCCCGCGUGAUCGCGUGGUCACGUCCCGCAUGAUAGCGUCCCACGUGAUCGCGCGAAUGGAUCAACGCGUCGAGAGAAGGAAUGGGUCGAAUGUUCGGGGGCGGUCGUUCGGGCGAGGAGCGGCCCCGAGUUUGUGUGUGAUGGAUCGCACGUGACCAAAUGGCAUUUUAAUGGAACGGAGCACUUUAUUUUUAAAUCAACUUAUGUUUAUAGUGGCGCACGUUAUUUCAGGUCCAACGUCCCAAAUACUCUAUAAGAGAUGUUCUGUGGGACAUCCAAACUCUUGCAAAAGCCUUAAUCUGUCUUCAUCUUGACUGCGCCCUGCCCUCCUCUCAAAGCUCUGCUGGUGAAUGUGAGAGGCACCGUCCCGGCGCAGGUGUGCUCGGCAGGUACGAAUGUUAUCCGCCAGAUUCAGUGUUUGGAAGUUAAAGCGUUCGUUUAUUUAAAUAUCAAAAUAGUCCUUAAGGUAAUGGGUUUUUACCUGCUUUGUGUGUUUCAUGAACGUGUCUUACAUUUUGAUUUAAAGCUUUCGUGACUGCAGUGAUUCAUAUUCUUGGUUCUUUCGGUAAAGUCACGUUGAAGGGAAACAAUAAAAUAAUAAUAUAUUGUUUUAUAUAAUAAUAUAUUGUUUUAUAUAUUAUUAUUUUAUUGUUUCCCUUCAACGUGACUUUACCAAAAGAACCAAGAAUAUGUGUCUUACAUUGCUGUACGUGACAGUUUUAAUUCCUCGUCUGAUACGCAUCACAGCUCAGUUUGACAUUCAAGUGUGAAGUAAAUGAAAUUCCUCAUUCUAAUUUAGAUGACAACAAUAAUUUACAUGAAUUAUAUCGAUAGUGGACGUAGCUGGUGGCUCAGCGGUAGAGCAAGCUGCUCGCAAUCUCGAUCGGGGGUUGUCUCAGCCCAUCAUCCCUCUGGGGGUUGAUAAAAUAGGUACCAUUUUGUGGAGAAAUCAGUAUUGGUUGUCAUAUGGAUAAAUUCACCCCCGCCAGAGAAAUAUUGAAAUUCCACCACUGGCUCAGGGCAUCGCUGUACUUCUCAUUGGUUUGACAUGCCUCGGUGGUGAGAUGUUUACUACCUCGCCUGGUGUACAGGACGUUUUGGGCUCAAUCUCGACUCUGACACCUGUAUAUUUGGAGUUUCAAUGUUCUCCUCGUGGUCACGUGGAUUUUUCUCCAGAUCCUCCAGUUUUUCCCUCCACAUUUAGAAGCAACAUGCGUUUAGAGUAUUUGGCUGCUAUAAAUUUCCACAUGAUAGAUCACUUCGUUGAGCUAUCAUUUGUGACCAGGUCGCUUCUGAAAAAGAGCUCUAUAGCUCAGUGGGCCUUACCUGGUAAAAUAAAAAUCGUUUAGUUAAUGGACUUCACUUGGCUGGCCCACUCUGAGGUUACCGGACAGCAUUGUCUUUGUAAAAUCUGAAAGUCAAAUAGGUCCAACUCUACCGAGUGAAGGAGAUUCAAGUUGACUUUCACGCCACCAGGUGAGCAACUCAUGAGAGAAGGGUGAGAGUCUCAUUUGCACGUGCACUUGAAGGAGCUGGAAAUCUGAAAGGUGAAGGCGCUGCUAUUUGUUAAGGGAAACAGGGUAUUUUGCGUGAGAUGUGCAGGUGUCCACGGUGAAACCGAGUUGCCAUUCAACAACCCAAUCAAAUUAACACCAUUACCUGGAUGG